AAUUUAUCGAAUCAUUAUUCAUUGUUUUAAAUCUGAAUAAAAAUUUUUAAUAAUUAUGUGGAACAUCGGAGUUAUUAUCUUGACAUUUUUUAUUCAACGAAUAAAUGCUGUUGGAGUUCCGGAUUUAUUAAAAGAUUAUGGUGUAACAACAACCUAUAAUAUCAGAACAACAUUGUAUCCAACUCGCGAUGAAUAUGAUUUCAUUAUUGUGGGAGCUGGAUCUGCUGGUUCUGCAGUAGCUAAACGUUUAUCAGAAAAUAGUAAAUGGAAAGUUUUACUAAUAGAAGCCGGUCAGCCUGAGAAUAUUUUCAUUCAGAUACCAAGUUUAAUGGCAGCUACUCAUCAAACACCUUACAAUUGGGGAUAUAGAUUGCAAAGACAGAAAGGUGUUUGUACUGGAAUGAAAGACGGUCGAUGCACUUGGCCACGAGGUAAAUCACUGGGAGGAACCAGUAGCAUCAAUGGCAUGGUUCAUACCCGAGGCAAUAAAUUAGACUACGAUCUAUGGGCUUCUCAAGGAAAUGAAGGAUGGUCUUAUGAUGAUGUACUUCCUUAUUUUAGGAAAAGUGAAAAAUUCCAAGUACCUGUACCACAUAAUGCAUCUUAUCAUGGAUAUGAAGGUCCUCUACUUGUACAAUAUAUUCCACAUCAUACACAAUUAGCAGGAGCAUUUUUGGAAGCUGGUAAAGCAUUAGGGCAUGACAUAGUAGACUAUAAUGGACCUCAGCAACUUGGAUUUUCAUAUUUACAAGUUAAUAUGGAUCAUGGUGCUCGAUGCAGUGCUUCUAAAGCAUAUUUGAAAAAUAAUAGAAGAAAUUUAGAAAUUGUAACAAAUGCUUUCGCCACAAAGGUAUUAAUUGAUAAGAAUAAACGUGCUUAUGGCAUACAGUAUGAGAAAAAUGGAGUAGCUAGAAAAGUUUUUGCCAACAAAGAAGUAGUUUUAUCAGCUGGUACAAUAGAUUCCGCUAAACUAUUGAUGCUUUCUGGAAUAGGACCAAAAGAACAUUUAGAAGAACUAGGAAUAAAGGUCAUAAAAGAUGCUAAAGUUGGAUACAAUAUGUAUGAACAUGUUGCAUUUUGGGGUUUAGUUUUUACUGUCAACAACAGCGAUGCUUUUAAUUUCCAAGGAUUUGUAUCACCAGCAAAUCUGCUCCAAUAUUAUUCUAGCAGAAGUGGACCACUAUCUAUUCCUAUAGGAGUUGAAGCAAUUGCUUUCUUAAGAACAAAAUAUGCCCCAGAUGAUCGACCUGAUCUUGAAUUACUUUUCUUCUCAGGUGGAGUUCAUUCAGACAAUGGACUCACUGUAAAACCAAGUUAUGGUAUAUCUGAUGAAGUUUAUAAUAAAUUUUUCAAACCAUUAGAGUUUCGUGAAGCCUUUACGAUCUGGCCAAUCGUUCAACACCCAAAGAGUCAAGGACGUAUUAAGCUUAGAUCUAAAAAUCCUUAUUCUAGACCUAUUCUUCAAGGUAAUCUAUUCUCCGAUCCACAUGAUGAAGAAAUCAUUUUAGAAGGAAUUAAACACGCAAUAAAUCUGACAAAGACGGGACCAUUUAAGAAAUACAACGCUCAAUUACAUAACGUAAAAAUGCCAGGAUGUACUUCACAUAAGCUUGGUUCAGAUGAUUAUUUUAGAUGUGCCAUCAAGGCUUUACCUGCUAUGGAGAAUCAUCAAAUGGGAACAGUGAAGAUGGGACCUCAAUCAGACCCUAAUGCAGUAGUAGAUCCCAAGUUACGUGUUUAUGGUAUUGAAAGGUUGAGAGUCAUUGAUGCAUCAAUUAUGCCAAUGAUGCCGGUUGGGCAUAUUAAUGCUGGAAUUUAUAUGAUCGGUGAAAAAGGUGCUGAUAUGAUCAAAGAAGCAUGGAAAAAUUCAUAAUGCUUUAAAUAAUUUUAAACACUAAAGAAAAUAAUAAAAUUUAACUUACUGAAAUUA